AGUCCACAAUUUAUUGUCAUUGUCACAAUUUCCUUCCUGUGUGCAGUACUUUAUAUGUAUUUAUUUAUUUAUUUGUUAGUGUAACUGCGCUGGAAUCGUGUGCUGAUAACGAGAAGUACAAUAACAUAAAAAACAUUAUGUUGAAUUGAAAUUGUUGCUGACACCAAAGAAGAAGAAGAAAAUAAAAGAGUUUUUACUGUACAUUUCGUUACUGUAACAAUUGAAAAUAAAGGAAUUGAAGCUGUUUGUUGGCUAUGGCUUCACUAUCAUUGCCGAGGGUGCUCCAGACCAGGAAGACAAGUCUGGAAAUCGAGAGGGAAAACUUUGAAAAGUCCCAGAAUGUCGCUCUUCACAAAGCCAUCAACAAGGAGGAAUCACCUGUCAAGCAGAAACAUGUCAGGUCUGCAAUCAUCGGCACAUUUUCACAGCAAGGGGCUCAGGUGUUCUGGAGCAUCUCUGUGCGAUUGCCAUGCAUGGAUGACAUGAUUGUAGCUUGGAAAUUCUGCUAUGUUUUGCACAAAAUUCUGAGGGAGGGACAUCCUCUGUGUUUGAGCCACAGCCAGAGGCACAGGGAAUAUCUGGAUAAUAUUGGAAAACUAUGGGGUCAUUUGGAGGAUGGUUAUGGGAAAUUGAUAAAACAGUACACGCAUAUCCUUAUGAACAAGCUGGAUUUUCAUCGGAAAAAUCCUCGGUUUCCAGGCAACCUGAACGUUACCACGGACGAUUUGACGUCUAUAUGCGGAAACAAUCCGGAUAUAUGCUUCCAAAUGUCCGUCGAGAUGUUCGAUUACUUGGAUACCAUCCUGGAUCUUCAAAAGACUAUAUUCCUGUAUAAAUCAAGUUCGAUGACGAUGCAAGGACAAUGCCGCCUCGGACCGAUCAUUCCUUGCAUCCAGGACGCCUCACGCAUUUACGAUCACAACGUGAAGAUCCUCUUUCUGCUGCAUUCUUCAGUACCUUACGACGUACUCUCCGGACAUCGGGAUCGCUUCAUGAAGCAGUUCAAGCAGCUGAAGCUCUUCUACCAACAUACGAACAUGAUGCAUUACUUCAAGAAUCUGAUCACCGUUCCUCCAUUACCCGAUAAACCGCCCAAUUUCCAAGACAACUUCAACACUUACGUAACGCAGGAGGUUUACGUUCCACCCGAAGAGGAAGAGCCGACCACCGCCAACCUGAUUGACACCGCUGACGUUCCCGACACCGCGCCUAUAAGUUACCUCCCGGAUAACUUCGAUAUAAUCGCGGAGCGGGAUAAUAUCAUUAAAAAUUUGCAAGAGGAUUGCGAGAGAUUAAGGGUCGAAGUUAACGAUUUGUAUAGGAAAGGUAGAGAGGAUAAGAAUAAAAUGGAAGAUCACAUAACCAAUUUAGAAACGAAGUUGGCUAUUAAAGAAAGCGAGUUGACUCACGAGAAAGAACUGAACGAGUUGAACGCGCUUUCUCAAGCGCAGGAUCAAGAACAUAAAGAGAAGGAAGAGCGCUUCAAGAAUUAUUACAUGAAAUUGCGCGAGGAGCACAUCAGUUUGUUGCGAGAGAAAGCUAAAGUGGAUAAAAGUUUGAAAUCGGCGGAGGAGAAGAUGCCCGAAUUGGUGAGUUUCAAUAAAACUGUGGAAACGAAGCUGAAGGAGGCGGAGAUGAAGCAGAACGAAGCGCUCAAAGAGUUGCAAUCCGUGAAAUUGGAAAAAUCCGACGAAUUGGCCGGAUUCCAUCGAGAAAUCGAGACUUUGAAAAUGGAAAAAGAGGCUUUUAAGAAAAAUAGUUCUGAGGUUGAUGUGAGCUUGGUGGAGACUAGGAAAAAAUUGGAGGAAACUAAAAUGGAAAAGAAGGAGCUUGAUGAGAAGAUCAAUGAGUUGAUGUCGAGCAUUUCCAAGCAAUCCGUGGAAGUGAUAAAAAUGAAGAGCGAAAACGAUGAUAAACUGAAGGACUUCGUGGAGAAGUCUUUGGAUGCGAACGUGGCUUGCCUGAAAUGCUCUAUCGUCGAGUCUGAGAGCCCUGCGACUUCGGCUCUUUCCUGCACUCCCGAAUACUUGAGAGCCUCGACGGUUCCUUGCCAAGAAGCUAUAGAAUCUUUGAGAGGAUUGUCGCUCGACGAACCUCGAUACUUGUUACCUGCCGCUAACAAACUUGCCUGUAAGUUCAGUAUUUUCAUUCUACAAGGGAGAGCCACUUCCAAUACCAGUCCUGAUAUUUCGUUCGGAGAAAAAUUGACCGAUGAAUGCAAAGCUCUCGGUGAGAGCGUCUUGAAUUUGCUGGAGGGCAUCAAGACGCGAUCGCUGACAGACGAAGGACUGCAGAAGAGUCUGGACCAUCUGUCCAGUGUUGCUUCGCUCGCUGAAACCAUGAUCGAGAGAAUCCAUGGAAACGUGUCGGAGAAUUUGGAGAAUAUGUUGGAGUGCGAAAUCACUGCAAUGGACAAGGCUAUAGAAGAAGGCGCGAAAAAGAUGCAGGAAAUGUUGAGCAAAUCUCGUGAAGCGGACUCUGGCAUCAAAUUGCAAGUGAACGAGAAGAUCCUCGAUAGCUGCACGAUGCUUAUGCUGGCCAUCAGAGUUCUAGUGCAGAAAUCUAAGCUGCUGCAGGAGGAAAUCGUGCAGCAGGGUAAAGGAACUGCAACUGCCAAGGAGUUUUACAAGAGGAAUCACAAGUGGACCGAUGGAUUCAUAUCCGCUGCUAAAGCUAUUGGAGUAGCAGCUACAUAUUUACUGAGUUCAGCUGAUAAAGUGGUCAGAGGUGAGGGUAAGCUUGAGCAGCUCGUGGUAGCUGCCCAUCAGAUAUCCGCGUCGACAGCACAAUUGGUGGUGGCCAGUCGCGUGAAGGCGCACCGCAACAGCGAGAAUCUGAAGAACCUUUCAGAUGCCUCGAAGAACGUUACCAGUUGCACCGGGGCGAUCGUCGGAACGGUGAAGGAUUGCAGUGAACUGAUAGACGAACCCACCGAAUUGGAUCUGAGCAACAUGACCGUUCUGCAAGCGACCAGAUCGGAGAUGGAGGCUCAGGUGAGGGUUCUCGCCUUGGAAAAGGAACUGGAGGAGGAGAGGUUCAAGCUUUCCGCACUGCGAAGACACAAUUACCAGCGCUCUGGAAGCGACGAGGGUGGUAGUAACUAAGGUUGUUUUCUUCUUUUAAGUAUAAAAUGACGUUUUUUUUACGGAUGUAUUUCUUCUUUAUUUUUGAGUAUUAUGUAAGGAAUCCAAAGAAUAAUAUUUAUAUAUCAUAUGUAGUAAUUUAUAUUGCUUUCUAGUUGUUUACACACUAAAAAAAUGUCUACUGAAAAUGAAAGAAAUUUGAGUAAUGUCGAUCGCGCAUUUCGUAACAAUUGUUUUCUUCUAUUAAACAAUUAAAACAAAAACAACAUGCAUUAUAACGUGGAAGGAAAAAUGGUAUUGAUAUACUGUUAUUAAU